AUGAUGGAGCGAUUUAAUCGCAGUCUUAAAACCAUGUUGCGAAAGAAAGCUGCACAAUACGGCGUGCAGUGGGACAAGCACUUACCUAUCAUUAUGUGGGCUUACCGUAACACGUCCAAUGACACAACAGGUGAAAAGCCUGCUUUUCUAUUGUUUGAAUGGGACUGUAGAUCUCCGAGCGACUCCGCCCUACUACCUCCGGACGGUACCCAACCGACAGUAGUACCAGACUAUCGCCACGAAUUGAUCGAAUCCCUGAGAUCAGCGAGCCAGACCGCUCUUCAAACUAUUCGCCGCUCUCACAGUAAGUACAAGAAACAGUGUGACCGCAAGUCCGACUCACACAAAUAUCGCGUAGGAGACUGGGUUCUUAUACACUUCCCCGGUGAUGAGACUGGAAAGUUUUGGAAGCUGUCUAGGCCAUGGUAUGGACCGUAUAGAAUCACUUCUUUCAACGAUUAUGACAUUUCGGUCGUCAAGGUGUAUUUUCCUAGAGAGAAUGAGAUCAAAGUGCACCAGUCAAGAGUGAAGCCCUGCCCUGACGGACUGCUGGCUAGAUACUACUGGUACGAGCACAAGAGUAAGGGGCCGGGCCGUUUACAUAAGUGA